AUGGUUAUGUUUUGGAGUCCCUAUUGCUGUGGCGUGUCAGAGAAAAAGGGAAUCAGUCGUUGGAGUAAGAUGAGAAAGAGUGCAUCAAGACAUAACUCAUCUGGUGUUGGUGGCUCUUCUAACCCAUCCUCUCAGACUCCUAUACAAUCUAGUCCAAAUUCGCAAUAUUCAGAUUUUGCCAACCCUCAUGGAUUAGAUGCUAUCGACCUCAAUGAUGAUAUUGAAGAUCGGAGGCAAGAUAGUAUUCAACACUCGCAUUGGAAAGAGGAUGAGAUGCUGAUCAGUGCAUGGUUAAAUGUUUCAACUGACCCUAUAGUUGGUACCGAUCAAAAGGAGGAAACAUUUUGGAGUCGAAUUCAUAGCUAUUGUGUAGAAUUUUGCUCCGACAUGACAACGGGAAGCCAACUACCUACACAAAGUGGCGGCUCAAAGAGAACCAAGGUUAGUGCAACUGGAGCAUACUCAUCCUCAUCAAACCCAGAAACACCGUUGGCUGACGAACCCGGUGUGGACUCUCCCGUUUGCCCACAAGGAUCAAAGAAGAGCAAGCGAAAAGGUAAGGGAAAAGCACAGAUGUCUAAAGAUUUUAGCGAAAGAAAAUCAUCGGUUGUCAAAAAAUUAUCUCUCAUGGAAGAUAUUAAGAAUGUUAGAGAAAAGGAACUAAUGGAAAGGGAAAAAGAAAGAGAAGAGGAGAAGGAACAUAGAGCAAAGAUGAUGGCAAUCAAAGAGAAGGAGAUACAAAUUCAAGCGGCAAUGAAAGAACAGGAAUUACAAACUCAGAGGUAUAUUAAAGAAAUGGAGAUAAAAGCAAAAGAAAGGGAAAUGGAAAGGAUGGCCAAGGAAAGGGAAAGGGAGUUGGAUAUGCAAAUACUUAAUGCUGACACGUCUACAAUGAGUGAAAAACGACGAGCUCUUCAUGAGAUUGCAUGUGAGAAAAUAAUCGCCAAGUGGUUUACUUAA